UCAUCAUCCCGUUCCACAACGAGGGCUGGUCGUCGCUGCUCAGGACAGUUCACAGCGUGCUGAAUCGCUCUCCCCCACAGCUCAUAGCCGAGAUCAUCCUGGUCGACGACUUCAGCGACAAAGAACACCUUAAGGUGGCGCUAGAGGAGUACAUGGUACGGCUGCCAAAGGUUCGCAUCCUGAGGACCAAGAAGAGGGAGGGUCUGAUCCGGACUCGCCUGCUUGGAGCAGCUGCUGCUAAAGGAGAAGUCCUCACCUUCCUGGACUCGCACUGUGAAGCCAAUGUGAACUGGCUGCCUCCACUGCUGGACCGAAUCGCCCAGAACAGGAAGACUAUCGUAUGCCCGAUGAUUGAUGUCAUCGACCACGACAACUUUGGCUAUGAAACACAGGCGGGCGACGCCAUGCGAGGGGCGUUUGACUGGGAAAUGUAUUACAAGCGGAUCCCGAUCCCCACAGAGCUGCAGAAGGACGACCCCAGUGAACCCUUUGAGUCUCCAGUGAUGGCAGGUGGACUGUUUGCUGUCGACAGGAAGUGGUUCUGGGAGCUCGGGGGAUACGACACCGGUCUAGAGAUUUGGGGAGGGGAGCAGUACGAGAUAUCCUUCAAGGUGUGGAUGUGUGGUGGUCGGAUGGAGGACAUUCCUUGCUCCAGGGUUGGUCACAUCUACAGGAAGUAUGUCCCCUACAAAGUUCCUGGUGGUGUCAGCCUUGCCAGGAACCUGAAGCGAGUAGCAGAAGUGUGGAUGGACGAGUACGCCGAGUACAUCUACCAGCGCAGGCCCGAGUACCGCCACCUGUCGGCAGGAGACAUGACUGUGCAGAAGGAGCUGAGGAACCGGCUCAACUGCAAGAACUUCAAGUGGUUCAUGAGUGAGGUGGCCUGGGAUCUGCCCAAGCACUACCCACCUGUGGAGCCUCCUGCUGCUGCAUGGGGAGAGAUCCGUAACGUGGGUAGCAACAUGUGUAUGGAGAGUAAACAUUUUGUGUCGGGGAGUCCUAUCCGCCUGGAGAGUUGUGUGAAGGGACAAGGCGAUGUGAGCUGGAGACAUGGACAGGUGUUUACGUUUGGCUGGAGAGAGGACAUUCGGGUGGGCGACCCCAUGCACACGAAAAAAGUUUGCUUCGAUGCCAUUUCCCACAACAGCCCCGUCACCCUGUACGACUGCCACGGCAUGAAAGGCAACCAGCUGUGGCGCUACAGAAAGGAUAAGAGUCUGUAUCACCCCGUCAGCAACAGCUGUAUCGACACCAGCCCGAACGAGCGGCGCGUCUUCAUGAACACGUGUGACCCGUCCUCGCCCACUCAGCAGUGGCUGUUUGAGAAAACCAACGCCACCGUGCUGGAACACUUCAAUCAGGGCACCAAGUGAAGUCCUGCAGCAUCCACGAGGAAGGACUCGCGCAGAAGUGGAGCUGCUGCUGCUGCUAUUGCGAACUGGGGUACUUCCCAUUUGCCUCGCAAUGAGGUGACAGCUGUUUCUCUUUGGGGUGCUGGGAGUGAGGCAGGACGGGACGCGGAGGGGGUUAGUUAAACGCAUUAGUGUGAGGGAAGAUUGGGUUUGAGUUUGAUUGAUGGGAUUUGUGUAAAAGUUACUCUGUGAGAGAUGGGUGUGUUCUGUCGGGGCGCUGCUGUGGCAGUAGGUCUGUUUCACUUCCUGAUUUUUAUUAAUUUUUGUUAUCAUCUGCCAUCUCUUUAUUUCUUUUGCCCGUUUCAAAUCUCCCUCUCUUCCCCUGCACUGUUUCCUCUCUGGGGGUUUGUCCAUCCUCUCUUUCUGCCCAUCUACCUUUUAUCCUCCAAUCUCUCCUCCCUCGUUUCUCUCCCGGUCUGCCACUGCCUGCAUGUCCGUCUCUAUCUGCCUGCAUGACUGCACCUUUGCCCACCUUUUUCAUCCUCCCUCUCAAAUAUCCUUAUGUCUCUCCAGCUCUGACAACCUCCCUGGGGGUAGAUGAAGGGGGGGAGGGGCUCUUGCUGAGCCAAAGUCGUACUGACACCUGGGUGAAGCCAGGCAGAACCACUCUGAAAAUCACCUGGUGAAUUGAUUCUCCUUUACAACCUUCUGUUCCCUCCCUCAUCCUUCCCCUCAUGUGUGUAACUCCUGGUCUGCGGGCAGAGCUGCGUUGAAUGUAGUGGGUGAAAGUUGACAAAGACGGUCCAAGGAGAUAAGACCUUUUGCACGUGCCUCACUUAUUUGUUCCGUAUUCUCUGCUUUCCUGUCUGUAUUUAUUGAUUAGUCCUUCGCAGAUUCGUCACUGUGCCACGUUCUUCUUAUAUUCCUCAGAGGCGAGCGCUAUCCAACGCCAGGGUAUGUGCAGGCCGACUCCUGCUGGGUAAUGGUGCAGUCAGACUAGAUUUUGCUUUCUUCAUAGAGGUCCUGCAUCUCUUAAAGUAGACAAUAAGAAUGCAGGCUGUCUGUGAGGCCUACGCAGAUAAAAGCGACAAUGGCAAACAGAAGAUCCAAGGUAAGGUCAUUGCACUGCAACAACGCUCCAACAAGUGCUUCUUUUGAGAUCUCACCCUGGAGUGGGUCCCUUUAUUUGAGAAAAGCUCCUCAAAGCAGUGACCACUAAAACAGGAGGUAUUUGUUCAGAAUUUAGCUUUAAGGUUGCCUGGUUACUGCGGUUUAUUAGCUAAAUAGCCGUGCUACUUCGGAUCACCCAUACUACGACUCCUCCUCAUUAUUCAAACUACAUCUCAUAGGAUUUGCAGUAUACAAGCAAGUGUGCUUUUUGGCACUACGCACACAGUAAGAUGUUUAAAGUUUGGGGCUCAUUUGCCUGCUACAUUCAACAGUGUGUACUUUGUUGGGGCUAUACCAAAAGCAAAUGGAGAAAACAAUAUGCAAUUAUUAUAUUAAUAAUUAUAAUUAUAAUAUGCACUGUAAGUUUUCCCAAGCCAAACUUCUGUCUGACUGCACCAUGAGAGCUUCUUUGCAUUAUUGUGGUGACAGUGGGAGUGGGAGUAGCUGUCACACCUCUUUGAGUUUCUCCUUUGCUUUCUGUGCGCUAUUUGCCGCUUUCCACUCAGUCACUGAAGCAACCCGGUCACAGACGGCCAAGCAAGGGGUCUCGUCAAAGUGCGGAGCAGCAGGCACCACCACAAAUAGACCCCUGCAUGCCCGGAUGGCUGGCCGUGUGACUGACAGGCUAGCUGAUUCUCAGCAGGGCUGCCUGAUUUGCCGGCCGCCAUGCUGACACGUCACUUUAGAGUCCAGUGUGAGCGGGAGUAGAGACCAAAAGGGGAAAUUAUCCAGGAUAGCCUCGCCAAGGUAGCGCUGGGAUUGAGACUAACGUGUGUGUGUGUGAGAGGGGGGGGGGUUUAAAAUGCAUUAAGCACUUAUGGAAUGAUAAACUUGAAUGAAAUCUUAGUGCCUUGUUAGAAGAGGACUAGAUGUUGCUGUGUGUAUUUGCAGGAAAUGUGUGUGGCCUGAAAUGUCCAGAUGAAAAUAGGGAACAAUUCCUCAAUUCAGGAAGUGACUUUGCUUGGAUUUUUUUUUAUGCUGUAAAAGACUCCUCAAGUCUUUGAAUCGACUUCUGGUGCAGGACCUUGAACGCACCACUGGCUUUGUGAACACACGUGUAACUGCUGGCUGUGAAUAGAGCUAAAAAGACUGUUUUUCGUUGUUUUCCCAGCAUAUUUGCUCCUGCUGUCAAAAGUAAACCACAACCCUAAGAAGACCUUUUGUUGUAUUGAAAUCAUGAUAUGAUGCUGUGUUGUUUUCCCACUUGUUCAAUCCAGAAUAUUAUAAUGACAGAGGAAAUUGCUGUCUUUGUUUACCAGUGUCGCCAUCCGCCUUUAUAAAUCCUUUUCUUCAUUCUGUUUUUAAUCAAAUGUGCUUUCAUCCUUUCUUUGAUCCUGUGGUUUAGCUGAUGGUGAUUUUGCUUGAAUCCCUGUUUGACACUAUGUUUUGGGAUGUUCUGGUCUGUCGCCUGCACACAUUCUCUAAUCCCAUUUUGCGAAGCAGAACAAUGUUCAGUGUGUGCCAUUUUAAUCAUCAGAUCCAGGUGUUGGGCUCUGGAAGAUAUUAACAUGCAGUAGUAGACCAAAAUAAAUGGUAAUAUUCACUAUAUAUCACAAUAUUUCAGUAUUUAAGUCAGAUAUUAGAAAAUGUUGGGGGAAAAUAUAUAUCGAGCUCCUUGUUGUGUGCAGAUUAAAACCUUUUCCAACACAAACGCAAAACGGAUUUCAUCACAAUCAGUGCAAACGAUGAUUUGUUGUUUCCAAUUCUGUCUUAUCACAUAAAUUGUUCACACAAAUUCUAACCAAGAACCCAUAUUUAGAUGGCAGAGCUGGUAGAUUUGCAAUCAGAUUAUUGAGAGGUGAAGAUAAAUAACUAUCACAAGUGUUUUCUAACAUGUUCGACUAUUAAGUUGUUAAAACCUGAUCUACUUUUCAAAAAACCCUUCUUGAGUUACAGUAAAUGGUUCAUUUACCAGCAUGUAACUGUUAUUUAUUAGCAGCAGGUAGUCUGUUCUUGCUGUUGGUCCCUCACCACACUGUCUCCAGCGGUUUAGCAGUGUGGACUUAAUUAAAUAUUAACUAAAAUUAAUCAACAAAUUAUUUUAAUAAACCGUUGACAGACUUGCUAACUUCAUACCUCAUGGAGGAUAACUGUGGAUGUUCUAGCUCAGUGUUACAUACUGUAGCAAAAGAGACAAUCAACAGUUUGUGUGGUUUUCCUACCCUAACAUAAAGCAUCACAUGUCUCUAAGGGAUUUGAACAAUAAAGGAUAACAGCUUUUCAUUCUGUGCACGUUUAAAAUCCGUCUUCAUCAGGUCUACUCUGUUUUAAAGAGGAACAAAAGAUUUUCUUUCUCUUCUUCACGCUGACCUUCGAGCUACAUGCCUGGAUGCUUUGUACACUGUCAAAUUGUUAAAAGAUGACUUAGAAUUAUUGUUUCAGACCACCGAGUGAGGUUACCAGCAGAUGAUCCAACAGGAACAAUUUGUUAUCCACUGUAUAUCCAGAUAAGAUUUCUUAUC